AGAAGGGAGGUCCAACGUUAAUUAUGGUACAUGAUUAGCUGAUUACAAAUACCAGGCUAAAUGUAAAAUUUAUUCUUGAUAUUAAUAUGUGUCUAACUGAAUAUUUUUCAGAUUGUCAGCCUUUUAUUCCCUCCCCCUGUUGUCUUGUGCCCGUUGUGUGCUGUGCCUAUUGUCGAUAUGCUGAGUCUUUUAUUAUUUCUCAUUAUUUUCUCUCUUUUCUCCCGUCUUAUCUAGUCUCGUCUUUCGAUUUGUUGUUGUUGUUGUGUACACUUCUUGUUUCUUAUACCACCUUUUUUCAUGCAUCUCCUUUAGAUUUAACAUUGUUAAAUGAUGCCCUUAACACUUUCAGGUAUUCUCAGUUCAUAGUCGAGUAUCCGUCCGUGGUCCUGUUACUCGUUUGUCUGGUGGUCGUCAUCUCGACAGGUCUUGGUAUCCUUCUCAAUGAAUUCCCUACCUUCGAUGACCCAACAAAGGGAUUCGAAGCCCGAGGAACUGUCAUCAGUGGGCGAUUGAGAGCCUUGAGGAGGAUGCAGUUCGGUGCUGAUGGGGUCUACUCAUGCCCAUCAACAUCUGACCAGUCAAACGCUGACCUGUGUUCUCCUCAUCGUGUAACCAGAGACAUCCAAAACCAAACUCUAGAUGAUGAUGUCGGGGAUGAUGUACUGCUGGGAGAUUGCACCAAUGAUCUUUCAUCUAGGGUCAAAAUGGUCUACCGAUCUACUGAUGACUCACUGGAGAUGUUCACUUCUACUAGCAUGAAAUCUGUGUGUCAACAUGACAAAGAAAAUUUUCGCAGUGACGUCGGUUUUGAUCAGAUCUGUUUGUAUCGUACAAAUGGCAGUUGUUGCCCUUCAAUAUCGUUAGGACACGUGACAGCAUUGAUGGUUGGCAAAGUAGAUUGCGAUGACGUUGAUGACAGUGAUGUACUAGGAAUGAAAGAGCUGCUAGAGGAAUGCGUUGGAUACUACUCAAGAGGAUGCCUUGGUGGUGAUGGUGGCUCUACUUGCAGUGAUGUUCCUGCAAACUGUUCAGCUGACGCACGGGUAUACACCAUAUUCCACUAUCUCACCCCGACGAACUUUGCACUGCAAGUAGCAAAAGGUGCCUUUGAUCUUCAAACCGUCAUUGUGCUUCAACCUCUGAUGAAGGGGCCGUUUUAUGGGGCACAAACUCUGUAUGAAAUAUAUGCCGAUAAACCUCGACUAACCGAUGAUGCAGUACAAGUUGCCGCCAUUGAUGGAGGAAUAAAAUUAAAUUUAUUCGCUACUUACCUUUUUGCAGACACCAUCUAUAUCGGUAUCGGAUUCCUAGUUGUCGUGGCCAUCAUUUGGAUGUAUGUGGGUUCAUUAUUUGUCACAAUUAUGACUAUGGUUAGCAUUAUUUUUUCGUUCGUUAUAGCUUACUUUAUCUAUCAUACUGUCUUUCGAUUGGUUUUCUUUCCUUUUAUCAAUAUAAUAACAUCUGUGCUACUUGUCGGUGUAGGGGCCGACGACUGCUUCGUUUACGUCGACAUCUGGAAGUUGAGCAAAAAAGAACACGGUGGCGGUCGCGAGAAUCGAGUAUUAGUACUUCGUGAGACUCUGAAACACGCCGCGACCACCAUGUUUGUUACAAGUUUCACAACGGCAAGCGCCCUCUUUGCAGGAUGCAUCAGCAGCAUCACAGCAGUUCGAUGCUUUUCUGUCUUUGCUGGUAGUUCCAUUUUAGUAAAUUUCGUCCUCACGGUGACUUGGAUUCCGGCGGCAGUCAUGUUACAUGAGAAAUAUUUCAUAUGCGACGAAGAGGCGCAAGAAGGAUCAUGUAAACGCUGUGGAUUAUGGUUUUUCCUGGGAAGAAUAUACGACCAUGUGAGCAGAGUUGGCAAUAAGUUCUUCGAAGAAGUCUUGCCAAUUAUCAUUGUUAAGUUACGGUACCUGUGGAUUCUACUUCUAAGUGGUCUUGGAAUAGGUGGGUUAUGUGUGGUGUUUGUGGAACCACGACUCCGUCUCCCAUCCCAAGCUGAACUUCAGCUUCUUAGGACAAGUCAUAUUUUGGAGCAGUAUGACCAGAUCUACAAAGAUACGUUUAGCUUUGAGAGUGAAUCGGAAAACACAAUGCCGGCAUUUAUUGUUUGGGGAAUAGAACCUGUAGAUAAUGGGAACCAUUGGGAUCCAGAUUCCGAAGGAACUACAGUCAUUGACAAGAACUUUGAUGUCAAAUCACCCGAAGCUCAAACGUGGCUUUAUGAUUUCUGUACAGAUCUCAGAAAUGCAAGCUUUCAUGACAAUUCUGCGACUGCGCCGAACGAGUUUUGUUUCAUUGAUUUAUUCAAAGGUUUCAUGGAGAAAACGUGUAUAGGAGAUAUUUCUCCCUGUUGUGGCCAAACAACAUUUCCAUAUUCGUCCUCUCUUUUCAAUCAGUGUGUGCCUAUAUUCUACGGAAUUGCGUGUCAGGCUUCGGAAUCUUGUGGAAGCUAUAUUCCUGGUUUAUGGUUUAAUUCAGAUAAUGAGGUUGUUGGAAUGGUUCUUACAAUCAAAACAAAUGUUCAGUUUUCUCUGAGGUACGACCCCAUUGGUCAGUUUUGGUCUGAUGUAAAUGGUUUCAUAGAAGAUCGAAUGGCUAAAGCACCUUCGGGUCUGCGUCGAGGAUGGUUUAUAAGUGAGUCUGGCCUGCAGCUGUGGUUCUUUGAUCUGCAACAGAGUUUAGCUACGGGAACACCAAUCGCAGUGGGCAUGUCGCUCGUUUUCGCAGCUUGUGUUCUGUUGAUCACCAUCAGAAACAUUUUAGUGACCAUUUACGCGAUAUAUGCCAUUGCAUGUGCUGUGUUUGUUGUAAUCGCCACGGUGGUUCUACUGGGAUGGGAACUCAACAUAUUUGAAUCCACUGUCCUCUCUCUAGCUGUUGGUCUAUCAGUGGAUUUCACAGUUCAUCUAGGUGUUGCUUACCGCCAGGCAACCGAACCAGACAGGACAUCUCGGGCAAUGCAUGCAUUACAGACGAUUGGCUCAGCUGUUACACUCGCAGCACUUACCACCUUGGUUGCAGGUGCAUCCAUGUUGCCGGCAACAGUACUCAGUUAUGUUCAGUUGGGGACAUUUCUUAUAAUAAUCAUGAUUAUCAGCUGGGUAUACGGACUGUUCCUAUUUAUGUCACUUUGUAGGACCAUUGGUCCGCAAGGGAUGUUUGCACAAAUCUCAACAUCAUGCUGUCGUCGUGAACCAAACUUGGCUGAAAAUAACCUAGAAAUGAAACCAGAUGAACAUGUACACGAACAGCAUGUCAACACGAGGGAUGAAAGAAUGCAGCGUUGACAUAAGAUAAUCAUCGAUUUAGGGUGAAGAAGAAUAUCUUUCUUGAUAAAAUUAUUUCAAAAGGCAGGCGGUUGAUAAAAUGAUAGAGGUUCAAGCAUUAAUCCUGAUACUGAGUGAGACCUUCAUUCAAUAAAUCAAUCAAUCAAUUCAUCAACAACUGAUUCAAAAGCACAUCAGUUGAUUGACGCAUGAAAAUAACUGCAAAUAUCAUCAUAUGAAAAUUGAACGUUUCACGAUUCUGGCCAGAACAAAUUUCAAUGGUUGUCAAGUCUGGAUAUUGCAACCUUUAAAAAGUGUGUCACUCUUUCAUAAAACAUCGACAGAUUUUGUAAAAGUUAUUUGAUAGAAGAAAUUGCGUCGGAUUUACCUAAGCUUAAUAAGGAUAUGUCACCAGCGUUCUUACCAUCACUCUCCAAGUGUCCUAUAGUUCAACCUUAUGAAAAAUAUAAAUGCUUAUGUAAACUCAAGCUACAAACAGCAAUUAUUGUCUCUCGUGAUUUACCAGUUCGUAUAAUCCGUGAGUUUCUGUCGAGUUAGACAUGCGGUCCUGAAAAGCGACAUAUAACGAAUUAUUAUUUUAUUAUUAUUAUUAUUAUUAUUAUUAUCAUUAUUAUUAUUAUUAUUAUUAUUAUUAUUAUCAGAGUCAUUGUUUACAAAAGUAUUAUAUGGAAUAAUAUUAUAUGUGAGUCAGUACAACGCAACAUCAUCUUCCGAAAACGACACAGAGAUUCCACACAUUUAAUCAUACAUGCAUAUAUAUUUUUGUAUUUCAAUUAAACAUUCACAUUUCAUGUCAACCUUAAUAUAUCGCCCUACCCUUUUUCAAUCUGACACACUUUCAUAAACUUAUGUUUUGCUGACUAUUUCUUUUGAAUUUAUUUUUUAUAUUUGGAUAGAGCUGACGGGGUGUGGGACAGAAGACCUGAGGGUCAUGUUAAUUCAGUUGACCUUUUCUUGUCCCAGGCAGCCCCGUCUGCUUUGUCAAAUUCUCAUCACCUGUUUUGUAUCAUGAUCAGUCUGCCGUAUGUACUGUUUUCUUCUGAAAUUCCGAAUAAACAAAAAUAAUAGUACCUCGAGGCACUAUAGGCUUGGGCCUAUUUUGUUUAUUAACGAUGGUCGUAAAGAUUGUAAAUAUUCUUCUAAAUCAUAUUUUAGAUACGUAGAUGAUUUGACACUAUAUACUCAGGCACGUAGCCAGAGUUUGAUAUUUGGGAGGCACAUACAUG